AUGUCCCGAAACGUUGAGAAUUUGUCACUAGCAUUCCCUCAUCUUCAUCAAUCCCUCAUCGACUACAGUAUUCCUGAUUUUUUUUACACCAAUUCAUCGGUUAAGCAACUCCAUCUAGACGGAUGUACUCAUCUCACUACAAGUAGUUGCUCCGUGUCUUGGGCAUCAUUGAAGAAACUCUCAUUGGAUUCUUGCGAUAUCUCUGAAGAAUCACUUGCCAAGAUUCUAUGUGGUUGUCCGGUCCUCGAAAGCUUAAGAUUGUUUGGCUUCACGCUCCUCACUCAGCUUAAAGUUGUUGAUCUCAGCAAGUCACCGCGUCUAUUAGAAAUCCAUCUUUCCGGGGUUCAAAAUCCAUAUAUACAUUACCUCAGAUUGACAAGCAAUCAGUACCCUGUUACCUUAGUUGAUGUCUCGUCGUUAACCAAAGUUAAACUAGACUUUUUCUUCUGUCCAAUUAAGGACCGGCUCGAUGCUGAUUUGCUUCAAGUCAUGGCGCUAGAGAUGCUAAAGAAGUUAAAGACUGUAAAGAAGCUUACUUUUGGGGAAAACUUUCUUAAGAUUCUAUCCCUUGUCGAACUCCGAGGUGUUCCUUUUCCGAUAUUAAAGGCUCAAGUUUUGACGCUCAAGACAAAUUUCUCCCAGUAUGUAAUGCAUGGGAUAGUAAGGGUGCUACAAAACUCACCUCAACUAAAGAAGCUAACCCUAAAACGUAAAUCGAACUAUGGCAUCAUACCGGACAAGCAUCUUGACUACUACUUGUAUUCGCAUAGUUUGAAUCUGAAUCGAUACAGGAUCCUUAGGGAAAGUUGGCCACUAAGGUCAAAGCAUGUGUCUUUCUUCAUGAAAUAUUUGCUGAAAAACACAAAGAGAUUAGAGAAGAUGGUCGUAAUUGGACUGAAAGAUGAUCUUCAAGGAAGAGGUUUUGAAAAGUUGCUUCAAAUGGUUCCAGUGCUCUCACACGACAACAAUGUAGCCAUUGUGUUCACCUAA